CCGACCCGCGCGGCCCGGCCCGCGCCCAUGGCGCACUCGGCGGCCGCGGUACCGCUGGGCGCGCUGGAGCAGGGCUGCCCCAUCCGCGUGGAGCACGACCGCCGGCGCCGCCAGUUCACCGUGCGCCUCAACGGGUGUCAUGACCGGGCCGUCCUGCUCUAUGAGUAUGUGGGCAAACGGAUUGUGGACCUGCAACACACCGAGGUACCGGAUGCCUACCGCGGGCGUGGCAUUGCCAAACACCUCGCCAAGGCUGCCCUGGACUUUGUGGUGGAGGAGGACCUGAAGGCCCAUCUCACGUGCUGGUACAUCCAGAAGCACUCUCAGAAGGCUCGCCUGGGAGCUGGAGCUGGAGGAAGGCAUACUGACCCCCCAGCGCCCACCCCAACGGCCUCAUCACCAAGAGAAAGGAGCACUUCCGCUGGGACCAACCUAACCAUCAGCACCUGCCAGAGACUCUGAGACACCCGGACGUGGCUGAGAUUCCCCUUGCAGGACAGUGGCUUUGGCAUUAGGGUCCCCACCCUGGUAUGGGCAAUGCCUCUCCCGUCCAGCAGGCCCGACCCACCCCACACAGUUCCACUUUCCCUGAGGUCACAGUCUAACUCGGACCCCAGCCUCUCACCUGCCUGGGAACAGCUACAGGUUUCCCGGGACACGGCUGGUGAGGUGACAUCAGCCUCUUCUACAGGAACUGCGCUCAGUCCUAAAAACUUGGGGAUUUUUUUUUUUUCAGAGCAGGAAGUUGGGGGGGGGUGUCCAUCCAAAUGCCAACAGCCUAGGGAUCAUAAUGAAGGCCAUGUCCCAUGCCAUCCUGUUGCCCAGAGAGGUCGCCUUCUCCCGAAUGGGAAUUUUCCUAGUAGUUCCCAGUUGGAGAGUAAAAUAUCUAACUCCCCCCACCCAAAAAAGAGGAGAGGCACAGCGGUGGCUGAGCCUUUCACAGUCUCAAUUUUCAACCAUCCCAGGAGAUGCCAGUAGUUGGGCCUGUUCAACAGAUGAAGAAACUGAGGGUCAUAGGGAGUCAGUAGCCUGCAGCUCACACAGAGGGACUAAGCCAAACCCAUCCUCCCUGAAUGAUGGUGCCAAGCUUGUGAUUUUAUUUCUACUUCAGAUGACAGAUGGCCCCAGAAAGCAAUAAACAGAUAACAUUU